UUUGAAUUUUCGCUCCUUUACAUAUGUUAGUACUUUUCGUCCAGGAAUUACAAGCCACGAUGUUUUAGAAACACUGAUCAAAUUUACAAAAAAAGUAGGCAAAAUCCGAGGAAUAGAAAUGAAAGAAAUUUGUUCAAAAGUUAACAAAAUUGUCUGAAGGCGUUUUUAAAAAAAAAAGACAUCUGUAAAUUCCGUAGUCACUUUUUUUGCGCGUUAACCUAUGACAAUUUAGUCAACAGAGGGAAUGUUUGUACCUGUCUGGAAAGUAAUGAUUGCCCUCUUUUGAACAAAUUCCCCAAUUUAACGGUUGUUUAUCGGGUUACAUUUCAAGAUUUAACUUAUCCGACUCGGAAAAGCCGAUUGCACCUCACUCGGACAUUUAUUUUUUUAAAGCUUAAAAAUAUUCCUUAAAAAAACCUACCCGUCUGGAGUGUUGAAAAUAUAAAAAUUCGACAAUGACAGAAAUCAACUCGCUGCCGUCGUUGUUGGAAGCCGACACCUACUCAAAGAGGAUCAAACGGGCCCUCGACAACUCGAGGGAGUUCACUCUUUUUGUUAAUUCUGUCCUUCUCUGGAGGAAAACAGCCUACCCAUGGGCGAUAUUUGCAGUCAUUUCUUUUCUCUUCAUGGAGCUUGCCUAUUACGAUCCUUCAUUCCUCACUAUGAUCAGCUUGGUUUUCCUCUUUUUUAACCUGUUGGACUAUUUCGGGCCACUCGUCAUCUCAACAAUUUGGAAACAAGAGAAUUGGUCCGCCGCCAAAGAAAGAGAGUUGGAAGAUAUAUGCAAAUCGCUCGCUCAUUGCUACUUAUCAUUUAAACACUCGUGGAAUUCACUUAUGGAAAUUAAAACAAAGAAACCUAACUUGUACUAUCCUUCGGCCUUUAUUUCAUCAUGCAUGCUGGCUUGGGUUGGAAACAAUGUAAAUAAUUUUUUCCUGACGUAUCUCCUAGUUCUUUUUGUUUUAAUGCUCCCGGCUCUUUCUCACUACGGGCUGAUUCACAAAUACUACAACAUGGGACUCGCCUACGCCAUGAAUUCUCUCAAAGGUUAUUCAGGAGCGAAAUCGAAAGUUCAGUGAGCGCCGGCGACAAAUGUGACAAGUUGGCGAAACUUUAUAGGGGAAAAAGAAAGGAGUAUAAUGGGGAUAUGAUUUUUAUCAUUUUGCAUAGCAGUAUUGGGUUGAUGUGAAAAAAAAUCUGGAAAAACAUAAAAAAAUCCACCAAAAAUUUUUUUUCUUUCUUUUAUCAUGACAGUAUUUUUUACUUAUAAAGUCACAGAAUCCUACACAACCGAACAUAAUAUUGUUCAUUAAAAAACAAAAAAGAAAAAGAAAAAAAAAAGACUUAUAAAGAACAUUGCCAAAUAUUUGUGAUUUGUUUUAAUAUUUGUUGGAAGUGAUGAAUUUUGAUACGAUCAUAGGCUGUGUUCAUUGUUUUCAGCAUAUCUUUAAUUUUUCUAAAACAGUCAUGAUCAACAUUAUUGUACGAUAUUAAAAAUAGGUUUUAUUGUUUAUUUUUCAUUUUUACUCCAUUAAAAAAACCUGAUGUUUUAAAUUGUACGCAUACGAUAAAACGUUAAAGUUUAUCUUUAAACAAGUCUUGGUUUAAUUAUUGUACUGUACAAUUUAACUGUCAUACAAUUUGUUUAACUUUUAUUUUGUUGACAUUAUUUAUAGAAUUAAAAAAAUAUAUAUAUUACAGUUCCCAGAACACCAUCACUAAUUUACUUGUCCAAAUUUUUGUGUAUGAGUUAAUUUUUGGCACCGUUAACACAUUUAGUGCACAAAGCUUUUAUUUUAAAUUGUAUACGUGGAUAUGUAUUGUCUUGUUCUGUAUUAAUUAUAGUUGUAAACACUAGACUGAACGUUUUUGUCUUUAA